AUGAAUUCGGCUACGAUAACUAACAACAAGUACAGCGAGGUAACAAAGACCAUAGAACAGAACCACGCGGGGUCAGUUUUGAGCACAUCGUCCUGGAACUCCAAGUUGGGAUGUGCCAGUUCGUGUGACACCUCCACGUGUAUUUCCUUCUCCUUCAACUCCGUCACAAAGGAAUGUAAGACGUAUGGGGAGGAGAUUUGUUACAGGGACGACGGUGUCGGGUCAUCAUCACUCAGAUUCUACACGAAGGUAGUCCUGUUUGAUUGUUUCGAGAAUUUGCGGCUCCUGCUGGCCCAAGAUAUGGAGCUUCGGAUUGAACUACAAGGGUGGAGUGGCUCUGUUAAACAUGUAGAAUACCAUACUUUCUACGUUUCUGACGAGGCUUCUGAAUACCGAUUGACGAUCGGAGGAUUUAGCACCCCAGACGAUCUGUUUGACGCCCUUGCUGACCAUAAUGACUGGCGUUUCUCCACCUUUGAUAAUGACAAUGAUGAUCUCGAUGGUGGCAAGUGUACAAGUAAUGCACAUGGGGCAUGGUGGUACGGUGCGUGCUAUGACUCCAAUCUGUUCGGCACUUACUCAUCAAACAAUGGUUAUGCGUCGAUGGUCUGGAAAUACCUCUAUGGAUCUGGCGAGGAGGAGUACACAGCUGUUAAAACAGUCAGAAUGAUGGUGAAGAAAGCAUAG